AAUUGUAAUUAUAUAGUACAUAAUAUGCUCAUAUACCGGCAGCCGGCAAUCACAAUUUUGUAAACUUUUAAAUAUUUUUUUUCUUCUGGAUAAAUUAAUUAAAAUACUUAAAAAAUGUUCGGCUUAUGGUAUCUAUCUUUAGCAAUUGACGAAUUGCGAAAAUAUUUGGGAUUGUCAUCAAUUUUUGAUUAUUUCAAGGGUACUAAGACUGCUAGUAAUAAGGCUAUAGAAGAUAAGAAACCGUCAACAGAUAAUAAAAAUCAAGUGCCUCAAACAAAACCCGUUCUGAAACCAGCACCUGAACCACCAAAACCUGUUGUAGAACCACCAAAACCGGUUCUAAAACCAGCACCAGAACCUCCAAAACCAGUAGUAGAACCACCAAGACCAGCCCCAGCACCUCCAAAACCUAUUGUAGAACCUCCGAGACCAGCACCCGAACCUCCAAAACCAAUUGUAGAACCUCCAAGACCAGCACCGGAACCUCCCAAACCCUCACCUGUACCAAUUACUCCGCCACCACAAAAAUCAUCAUCACCACCAAAACCAUCAACACCAAAACAAAUAACUCCACCACCAGCACCGAUUCAAACAAAUGUUACUCCUAAAAAAGAACCAUCCCCACCACAACCAAAAUCAUCACCAUCACCAUCACCAUCAUCGACCCCAACCAAAAAUGAUAAUUUAAAUAAUUUCGAUCGCAAUAAUAUGUUUGGACCAUCGAAAAAACUCGAAAAUGGUGAUACCGAUUUAAAAUCGAAUAUUAAAGAUGCGACAACUUCAUUUUUACAAGAAGAAGGUAGACAAGGACCACCAAAAUCACAACAACAAUCAAUGCAACCAUCAAAUAUUAAUUUCAAGCAGCUAUAAAAUAUAAAAAUCUACUAUAUGGAAUUUUAUGAAUACUUUGUACUUUUGUUUUAAAAAUACAGAGUGUUUAAUGUGUUUCUAAAUCCCUAUAUUAUAGAAAAAAAGUCAUCAGAAAAAAAUAGAUAGUAAUUUGCUUUAAAAAUUAAUACACAUACGUACAUAUAAAGAUUAAUUGUUUUUUUUUUUUUAAAUUCCUGGCAUGCCAGUAAUUUAUUUAAUGUACUUAUAU